UAAGAACACCUAGGGUCUUCCGUCGUGACAGCUGCUUCUGCUGAAAGCUCAGCCUGGUUGUCUUUGUCAUACGGUGACUUCAUGAACGAACCCCUCCCUGUCUUGCCAUUCAGUCCGAUGCGGUGUUCAUAGUGUGAGGUAUGGACUAAAAGAUGCGAAAGCGCCGUGCUACUUCUUUAUUAGGAGGUGGAGGACACCUGAAGCGCAAGGCUGCCAUCACAGCUUUCAGAACAUCCAUGUGAAGAAGAGCGUUUUGCCUCAGCUGUUAGAGCCUGUCAGCAGAUCCCAACACAACAUGAUGAGACCAGUUCAUCCACCAGUAUCUGUAGCGAGUAGAGUGUGAGGUCCAGCAGCCACUAUGCCAUGUGUGUAAAGGACCAGUGGUGGUGUUGUGGCCCCAGGCGGGAUGCUGCUGGAAGCCGGUCAGUAUGACUCUGCUGGACUUGUGGCUGUCACGCUCCAUCCCCAUGUGCCUGCUCCUCCAGAGCCUUGUCCUCAUGGCCCUGUGCUUCCCCUCGGCCAGCAUGUGUCCAAAGGGCUGCAGCUGUCUACGCGACCCCCACCUCCACGGUCUGAAUGUCACCUGCAGUCAGUCCCGCCUCAAAGAGAUUCCCCCCAACCUCCCAGUCGAUACUGUCCUCCUGAGGCUGGACCACAAUCAAAUAGGUGCUGUGCCCGACCAAGCCUUCCGUGGACUCCGGCUUUUGAGGGAGCUGAACCUCUCUUAUAAUGCAGUGGAAACUUUAGGGGAAGGUUCCUUUAGUGGCAUCGAGGGGACAUUACAGGUGCUGGACCUUUCCCACAACCGCAUCACUAGCGUUCACAGGGAUGCUUUUGCCCGACUGAAGGCCCGCAUCAUUGUAGAUGACAAUCCCUGGCACUGCGAUUGCGCCCUCCAGCAGGCCAUUGGAGGAAUGGCUCACAACCACGAGGCCGCAGCCAGGGUCCUCUGCAGGAGCUCCGAACUACUCGAUCAAGAGGGUCGACCUUUCCUGGCAGUUGACACUGACCUGUGUAACCUGGCAAAAAGGACCACAGACUAUGCCAUGCUGGUCACCAUGUUUGGUUGGUUUGCAAUGGUUAUAUCAUAUGUGGUGUAUUAUGUUCGUCAGAACCAGGAGGACGCCCGGCGUCACCUGGAGUACCUCAAGUCUCUCCCCAGUAAGCCCAAGAAACCUGAUGAUGCUGAUGACAUCAGCACUGUUGUCUGACAGCAGCAUCACAAUGGCUCUCCAUCACAGACUCAAUGAAAUGUUUACGCAUCAGGACCCACAUUUAUAGUGUUUAUUACUCCAAACUUCAGUCUCUGUGAGCAUCAGAAGGGUUUGUACUUUGGAACUUUUCUCAUAUAUCUUUACCAGGCUGAGUUUAUGUUCAUAGUGAAAUCAGGCAAGAAAUGAAACAACACCCACACUACAACAUUUUGAAAAAUGUAAUCUCAGGUUGAAAUAUUACCAUGGUAAUGGCUUUUUAGGUAAUGAUUGGGAAUAUGUGGAAAUAUAUAUAUAUAUAUAUAUAUAUUUAGUUUUAAGACAAGAUAUGAUAUACACCUUUAAUCAAAAGCCCCUAUUUUUCAGUGUCUACCUGCUGAAAAGUGUUGUCUCUGAAACUAUAACAUGGAAGCAGAGCACAUUCAAUUUAUACUGUGUCUAAUUUACAACAAAUGAGACAAAAUAUUUCUUAUCUCUCUCCUCGCCUUUGACUAAGCAGGCCUGUCUCUUAAAUAGACACGUUUUCUUGCCAUGCUUUUUUGAAAAUAACAACUUAGGGUAAUAACAUAGAGUACUAAAUUCCAAUAAAGCUAAUUCCUGCCAGAAAUAAAAGGUGUUUUAUAUUAAACACAUGUAUGUUGGAAUUUAUGCAGUUCUGAUUGUUGCAGGUCUGUUUUUCAUUGUUAGGUUCGCAUUGACUGGAUGGAGGAUGAAGCUUUUAUGCUAAGCAAUUACAGUGCUUUAAAUUUUUGCCCCUUUACAGAUUUCUUUAGUGUUUACAGUUUUUCUAGCAUACAUGCCCAGUCAAAGGUCAUUCCACAGCAUCUUUGUUGGACUUAAAUCUAGACAUCUACUAG